GUGAUCACGCCUGGGUCGGCCGUCACCAUGGGGGACAUUUACCUGUAUCCCAUCUUUUUUGAGUGCGCCAGUCUGGACGCAGAGAGGCAGAAGAAAACCGAGAGAUACUUUAACGUGAGUCGCAAAUCCGGAGGAGGGGACUGCGGCCCGAUAACCAACGUACACGGUGACGUGUACAGCAUCUCUUUCAAUAAAAGAGAGGCUCAAGAAAGAGUCUUGCAGAAAUCUGUACAUGUGUUGGACUUCGCGGGGGUUCCCCUGGUACUGACUGUGAGAAGCACCCCGGGACCUUCCACCGACCCUCCCAUCACAUCCUCGGCUACAAGCAAGUCAUAUAGCCCAAACCUGGACCCGACAUCAUCACAGCAGACACAGCCGUCAAGUCUCACCUCAAGCCGGCUAACAAGAGACGAAGACUAUGAACUGCGACUUGAUUCUCACCUGCUACGUUAUCUGAACGAGUGCCCCCACGCUAAGAAAGAACUAGAUAAGGGACUCACCUCUGUGGCCUGCUCGGCCCAGCUGUACCCAGAGGAGGACAGGGUUCUAGUUAGCCGGUUAGCUCAAGCUGGUGCUGCAGUCAGUAACUGGAGAGCCGAGGUAGACAAGCUCUUUGGUGGCUACCUGUGCCACUAUGAGGCGGACCCUCACAAGGUUAAAGCCCUGCUUCAGCCCUGCAGCACUCGUCAGGCCACAAGUGAGGUGAAGGUGUACAGCGAUGUUGGGAUGGUCGUUGUGGUUGGGGAGCGUUCUCAAGUCAACGCCAGGUUGAUGGAUAUUAACGACUCGCAUGUUAAGCGACGGUCAGGUCACGUGAAGCAAAAGAGGACCUGUCGACUGGGUGAGGCUAAGCUCCGCCUCCUCUGGAAAGAAAUUGAGCAAAGAUUGGAACAAGAUUUUCCCGAAGUGAAGGUCACGCAGGAAGCUGCAGGUCAAAUAGUUUUGGAAGGUUCUGUCGAAGAGAUUCUUAAGGCUGGAGAUUGUAUCUCUCAGCACGAGAAACUUGUUUUAGAAAGGACCGUUUCUAACAUGAGCCCACGUCUUUUGUCCUUCUUAAGAAAGGCAUACAGUGGCCCAGGUGAGCUAUGGGACUUUUUAGGGGUUGGUGGUAAAGUGGAAAUUGAAUUACGAGACACAGAGGUACGUUUCUUUUCUGUCUCUGCCAAUAAACUGGAUGACUUGGGAAAAAAAAUCCAAGAAAUGUUCAAGGAAGUCAAGAUUGAUAUCCCUAACUGCUCCUCACUGCCGGCUGAUCUUUGUGAAAAGCUAAAGUCAAAGACAAUUGAGAUGAACCAGGGCCAUUACAGGGCUCAGGUUGUGUUUGGCCCUGACAGCAUGGUGUGCCUAUUGGGCCAAACCAAAGAGGUUCAAGAGCUGAAUCAAGUUGUCGUCCAGUUUAUUUCGGAUGAGUUUAGCACUGUCGAUUGCCAAGUCAAUCUUCCUUACCCAGAGUUAGUCAAGGGGUUACCAGAAUUUCUAAAGCUGCAUAGUUUUGAUAGUUCAGGGGUCACAAUCCAUCCUUUAACAUCUUCAUCUCAGCCCACAGUGGUCCUGAAAGGUCCACCCGGAAAGGUGACUGAGGUCAGUAACAGGCUUGGUCCAUUUCUGAAAACCCUUGUGCAGGAUAGAGUGACCAUUGCUCUACCAGGGGCAGGAAGGUAUUUCGAAAGUGCCUCUGGAAGAGAUGCCAUUUUAAGUGUUGCUCAUUCUCAGAAGUGUCUCAUACAGCUUCAAGAACAACCUCACGCUACAAGACAGAUUUUGGCAUCUGGUGCAGGACUAAGUGAAGUAAACACAACAGUUGCUAGCUACAGCCUUCGUGAUGGGUUCCAGGUGCUGGUGCGUCAGGGUGACAUCACAAAACAGGAAGCUGAUGUCCUGGUGAACGCUGCCAAUGAAGAUCUGGAGCACAAAGGAGGGGUCGCUGCUGCUUUAAGUAAAGCAGGUGGCCCUGAGGUGCAGAAGGAGUGCAGAGCUAUAGUGAAGCAGCGGGGAAAAGUUCCUACAGGUCAUGUAGUGGUGACCACAGGGGGGAACUUAAAUUGCAAAAGUCUGCUGCAUGCUAUCGGGCCUGUGGGAGGAAAAUCAGGUGGCAGAGAGAGGAUCUUACUGGAAACAGCUAUCCAGUCUGCUCUGAAUUCAGCAGAGUCAAUGGGGUCCAGGUCAAUAGCCAUCCCGUGCAUCAGCUCAGGUGUGUUUGGUGUACCUGUCGCAUUGUGCUCUGACGCUAUUGUAAAUGCUGUUAAGAAGUUUGGCAGUCAGGGAGGGCGAAGGCUGAGUAGAAUCAUUCUAAUUGAUACCAAAGUAGAGGUGGUUAGGGCUAUGCAGGAAGCAUGUGACCGUCAUCUCCACGGGAUAAGUAGCGGAAGCAAGGUACCCAGAGAUCCGGGGUUUCAAAUGGGAGCCACUGCUGGAGCUCCUGAACAUGGCGUCCUUGUGGAGAUUGUUCAGGGAUCUGUGGAGACCCAGCAGGUGGAUUGCCUGGUAACCCCUAUGGUUGGCCAUAAUCCCACCUCGUCUCGUGUUGGAUCAAUUUUGUCACAAAUCGUUGGACCUGAGCUGACUGCAGGGUUUUAUAAGGAAGCAGGAGGGCCAACUUUGCCUGGUGGCACGGUCCUGGUGGUGGGCUUGCCUAGCCUUCAAUCUAAAGGAGUGUUCUUCCUCAACCUUCUUCCCUGGGAUAAUAAUCAACAUGGAGUUGCCAUCCAGGCGCUGAGAUCGGGCAUCAGAACAGUUUUAAAUUCCUGUAAUAUCAGAGGCUUCCGUUCAGUUGCCUUCCCUGUGCUUGGUACCGGUGUUGCCCUGCGUUUUCCACACAGCCUGGCAUGCAAGGUUUUACUCGAGGAGGUCCGAAAAUUUGAACAGGACCGUGUCACCAGAACAUCUCUCCUGGUCCGUUUUAUCAUCCACCCCACUGACAAAGAUUCUAGGAAGGCCUUCCAGUCUGCCCAGGAAACCCUGCGUGUCGGAGGAUUCACUGACGAUGCUGACAAAGCGUCCUUUUACUGCCAUGUUUCCCAAACCGAUAGUGAGGUCACAGCCAUGCUGGGCGGAGUCAAGCUUCAGCUUGUCCGUGGUGACAUCAUUAAUGAGAGGGUUGAUGCCAUUAUCAACACCACUGACUUCAAGAAACCUCUUGGUGUGUCUAAGGCCAUCAUGACUGCAGCAGGGCCCGAUGUCCAAGCACAGCUGGCCCAAAUGGGCAUUCCACCAGACUGCAUGUGCACCACGGGACCCGGCCUCCUUGCCUGCAGGGAAAUCAUUCAUGCAAGCUUCAAGGGUGACACUCAAGUUAUCCGGAAGAAAAUCAAAAAAAUACUGAAGCAGUGUGAGAGCAAAUGCUACAGCUCAGUGGCCUUCCCAGCCAUCAAUACUGGUGAGGCUGGAAUGGACUCUACAGAAGCUUGUAACGCCAUGCUGGAUGGCAUGACCUCAGCCAUCAGCAAAAUGAAACCACAUUCCCUCACACUCAUCCGCAUUGUCAUCCUCCAGCCAUCGGUCUUUCAGGCUUUCAGGUCAGAGCUGGAGAAACGCUUUGGACGAACGGUCGCUCGCCCCCCCGGUCCUAAAGAAAAAGCUAAACAAAUACUUAAGAAGUUGUCAAGAACCCCGAAAACUCCAACAGCUCAAGGCCAAACCUUCAUGUCUUCAAAGCCCCCGCCUGCUGUAAUGAGCGUGAUCAGUUGUGGCCGAGAGACCAUCGGCACAGUCCAAAGAAGCUUGGAGGGGAUCCUGCAGAACCAGCUGGUAGAGAGAGAGGUGGAUGUAGAUCAUGUAUCUAGGCUCGAUGGGAUGGAGCUGGAGGCGGUGCAGGCCAAGGUCAAAGUCUCGGGUAUAAGCCUGGAGUGCAGGAGACGUCCUCAGGGGGAGAACUGCAACCGGGGAGGAAACGCAGCCAGAGCUGGUGAUCCGUCGGGGUCAGGAGGAGAGGUGUAUGUGCUGACGGGCCUCCCAGAGGAGGUGUCCCCCGUCGUUGAACUUGUAAACCGAGCAACCCAAAAGGCCCUUUGCAGAGAACUCCAAGAUAAAGAAGAAGCCAUGAUCGCUUUGGUUGUGCAGUGGUCGAUUCGGGAUGAAAAAGGAACCUGGCAGGAGCUCAGCCUGCACGACAACUACGUGCUGGAGGACGCUCACCUGAAGGGAAAGGUGUCCGUAGAUGUGACGGCACAAGACGGCGGGGAGUUGAAAGUCAACCUAAGGGCACGAGAAGCCACCGAUUGGCAAACGGGCGUCGUGUACGAGGUGAAGCGGAUCGAGUCUGAAUCGCCUUUGGAGUUGCCAGCACAAUGGGAACCGAUGCAUGGAGACGUGUUCAAAAAGGUCACGCUGAACCCCAGUUCAGCAGAGUUCCAGACCGUAGCCAGGGGCUUCUUCAAAACGGCUCCACGCAACAUCCAAAAAAUGGAGCGGUUGCAGAACUACCACCUGUGGAAUGCCUACACUGUGUGUAAGCAACGCAUAUCUAAAAAGAACGACCCCGCAGACCCCGGGGAGAUGUAUCUCUACCACGGCACGUCGGCAGAGUCGUCUCACUGCAUCGAGAGAGGCGGAUUCAACAGGAGCUACGCAGGAGAACGCGUCCUGUUUGGUAAGGGAGUUUACUUUGCGGUGGAUGCAGAGUAUUCGGCAUCGAGAUACUGCCCAGCGGACGCGUCAGGCUUGAGGAGGCUCUACGUGGCUCGUGUCCUGACCGGCCGUUACACGCUCGGGAAACCUUCCAUGAAGAAGACCCCCGCUCGAGGCGCCGACCCCACCGACUGCUUCGACAGUUUGGUGGACAACCAGCAGCAGCCCUCCAUGUUUGUGAUCUUCCACGAUGACCAGGCCUACCCGGAGUACCUCAUCACCUUCACAUGAGAGAAAACCGAGGAGAUCGGCGGUUCGGGGAUGCGCUGGAUGAUGGUAUAAAAGUGGUGGAAGACAAUACCUGCUUUUAGGUAAUGUUUUCUUUUGUCCCCCUGCUGGGUAUUUAUGCUCCUGUUAACUGGCGGAUAAUCAUUAUGAUUUCAUUAACAGUUAUUGUGUAAUCAUAUAUUGUUGGUUGUUGGUUAAUACAUAAUUGGGAAAGAAGUAUUCCUUUUCUUUUUAAUGAUGCAAUACAAGUAGUUUGUUUUCUGCAUAUUAUUCAUUUAAUUGCAUGUAUUAAUAUUACAUAAAAUAUAACAUUUUAAUAAUUCUUGACUCAAACUGAAUGAUUCUCAACAGUUAACAGGCAGGGGUUAAACCAUUUGUGCCAAGGUAAUUGAUUCAUUACAAGAGGUCACACUUUAUUUGGGUAGUACUGUUUGGAUAAAGAACUGUGGUUCGAGUGAGUGCAUAUCAAAUUGUAACCAAAGAAUCCAGAAAAUAUAUUUCAGACAGAAUUUUCUGCAAAUUGUGAAAGAAUACAGGAGUGUGUAUUUGUAACUACACCCAUUGUUGACAGUUUUAGAGAGCUUUUCUUAACAUUGUGAAUAAAUGACAUAAUGAUUGAUGACGUCCAAUAUCAUGGUUGAAUAAUAUAUUUAAUAAAUCAUGGUUUUGGUAUUAUGACGGAUAUGAUGGAAAAAUGUUCUGAAAUGUAAGAUUCAUACCAGAAAAAAAAAUAUUUCAAUAGUUUUUAUUGAAAUAAAAAUCCCAGAAUUAAUUGACA